GACCCAGCCUUGAUUGAGGCUGUUUGGCGUGAUCUGCUUCAAGCAGAGCUUACCAGUAGGCCUGCCCGUUCUGAUCCCACAGGUGGUGAACUGGCUCUUCGCUUGGCCGGCUGUUUGCGCCGACUUGCUCAGCUUCGCCACCUCACUCCCCAAACAGCUGCACUGGAUCCAAGCCUUGACACACCUGCUCCUGGCAGCAUCAGGAGUCGCUCCAGAGCCAUCCGGACUCGUGCUGGGUUCACUAACAAGAAGCGGGAUAUGUCGGUUGGAGAUGUUCAUUCUGAUGCAGAACUCGACUGGAUGGCCUCUGCUACUUCGGAAUUAAUAACGCCCAGUCCACAUUUCCCUUUGCGUAAGUCGGCCACUUAUGCUCGCGAUCUCCUUACUCGAAUUCAAAUUUAA